AUGGCACCCUCGUCCUCGCCGAAGCCCUCUCCCGAAACCGCACAAUCACAGCCCUCUACAUACACCCUCGACGACCACAACGCGGUAGACACUCUCAUCAAAGGCGACGCCGGCAACGACGUGGUGGACUGGGUCCUGAUCAGACCGCCCAUGCUGGUCGAGGGCGAGAAGCUGCCGGUCAACGUGUACGAUGACGAGGGCAGCGGCGUGUGCUGGAUGCCCAAGAUCACGAGGCGGAGCGUGGCCGGCUUCAUGGUGGAUGCAGUUGAAAAGAAAGAGUGGAAUCGCAGUGCGCCUGUGGUCACGAACUAA